UACAUAUCUGGACUUUGUGCAAUGUCGCGCUGCUUUCCAUUUCCACCACCAGGAUAUACAAACAAGGGAUAUGAAAAAGAAGGCUACAACAGAGGACGUGGAAUUACUGACAAAGAGUUGGGCAGCAUUGGCGGAGAAAGUUAGAUUGGUGCUCAAUGAGUAUCCACAACUCAGGCUAACCCAAGGGAGAAAAGUGCUAGAGAUCUGUCUAACCAUUAAAUGGGACAAUGGCAAGGCUCUUGAAUUUUUGUUAGAAUCAUUGGGGUACGAGAAUUCGAAUGAUGUAUUUCCAAUCUAUAUUGGUGAUGAUCGAACUGAUGAGGAUGCUUUUAGGGUAACAAAUGUUGCCACGCCUAGUUAGUUAGUUAGAGGUGUUCAUGUUAAACAUAUACCUACAGUUGAAGAUGAUAGAUACAUAUUAAAGACUAAGACUUUUACCUACAAUUAAGAGAUGUAAGUAGAAGUUAAUGACUUUUACCUACACACUAUACAUAGUAGGUAAAACCUAUAGUGACAGACAAUUAACUGUCAUUAUACGGCCCCUCAAAGUUGAUGGAAGAAACGU